AGCCCCAGCCCCCCAUGCACAGCCCAGCCCCGCUCUGCUCAGGGCUGUGUGCAGAGCCAGGGAUUAUUCUUUUAAUCACGCAUAGGAAUUGCUUGCAUAUAGAUUAUGGGAGCGGGGCACGGGCAGCCCCAGGCACCGGCUCACAAGCAAUCUCAGUAUCUCAGUGGAGCAGGGAUUAAUGAGAGCAUGGUGUGUGUGUGUGUGUGUGUGUGUGUGCAGCUGCCCCUUCCUUGUCUCCCAGUCCUUUGACCCUGGGUUGAGUUCUUUGGCUCAUGUUCUCCCAUCUCCCCCAUUCCCACUUUCUUCACUUCUCUCCCCACUACAACAAGCAGCUCUGGGUGCCCGCUGUGCCCGUCCAGCAAGGCCCAGGCAAUGGGUCAUCUCCACCAGGCCCAGGCUCACAGCACCCUUGGGUGCUGCACAAAAAGGUCUUCCCAGCAGUGGUGCCUUCCCUCCUAAUGCCAUAAUCCAGCCCUGAUCCAGGUCCCGCUGACCUUGCAGGCUGUGGACCCGGUGCUGGGCACAGUGGGGCGCGGGCACCGCAUCCACCCACCCAUGGCUGCCUUCUUCACGGCCGCCCUGAGGAACCUGCGGGGGGGUGAGGAGGAGCCCAAGGCAGCCCCCAAGGACGGCAAGGCGGCCACCCUGCCCAACGGCAUGUCCCGUGAGGAGUUCGAGGAGUACCAGCGGCAGCUGCUGGAGGAGAAGAUCGAGCGGGACAAAGCCUUCGCACACAGGAAAGCAGAACGGGCGACCGUGCGCAUGCACCUGCGGGACAAGUAUCACCUGGCGCAGGACGAGCGGGACGAUGCUCAGCUGCACGUGGCCGGCGGAGCCGUGGAGCUGCCGCAGGAGCUGGCGGCCAUGGUGCGGGGUGAGGAGGAGGAGGACGAGGAGGAAGAGCAGGAGGGAGCCUUCGCCUUCCUGGCCAAGCUGCGGGACGUGGAUCUGCCCGCGCUGCGGGGCCGGGCGCUGGGCACUGUGGAUGAAGUGAAGGAGAAGUGCUCCAUGAUGUAGGGCUGGGCAGCACCGCAGGGGCGGACCCCUGGGACUGGGUGGGUUGUGGGUGCUGUGGGGCCCAAUGUCUGUGCUGGGGGUCAGUUGUCCUCCCCUAAACCAUUCCCUGGGGCUCCUGGGGGCUCUGGGCAGACACGCUGGGGUCCUUCCCACCCAAUCCCACCCCAGUGCAGCCAGGCAGCU